CUCAGGCCCAAAGAUGUACUCGGGAACGGGACCCGUGCUUGCACCUCCUCCCCCACCCCCACCACCAAUACAAGGAUAUGCCUUUAAACCUCCACCUCGACCUGACUUCGGUACCUCUGGGAGAACAAUCAAGCUGCAGGCUAAUUUCUUUGAAAUGGACAUUCCUAAAAUUGACAUCUACCAUUAUGAAUUAGAUAUCAAACCAGAGAAAUGCCCUAGAAGAGUUAACAGAGAAAUAGUGGAGCAUAUGGUCCAGCACUUUAAAACACAGAUCUUUGGGGAUCGUAAGCCAGUAUUUGAUGGAAGAAAAAACCUGUAUACAGCUAUGCCACUUCCAAUUGGAAGGGAUAAAGUGGAAUUGGAGGUCACUUUGCCAGGAGAAGGAAAAGACCGAAUAUUUAAAGUAGCCAUAAAGUGGAUGUCCUGUGUGAGUUUGCAGGCAUUGCAUGAUGCUCUUUCUGGCCGGCUGCCAAGUGUCCCUUUUGAAACUAUCCAGGCCUUGGAUGUAGUGAUGAGGCAUUUGCCAUCUAUGAGGUAUACACCUGUAGGGCGAUCAUUUUUCACUGCAUCGGAAGGAUGUUCAAACCCUCUUGGAGGUGGCAGAGAAGUUUGGUUUGGAUUCCAUCAGUCAGUCCGACCUUCUCUCUGGAAAAUGAUGCUUAACAUUGAUGUCUCAGCAACAGCAUUUUACAAGGCCCAGCCAGUAAUCGAGUUUGUUUGUGAAGUUUUGGAUUUCAAAAGCAUUGAAGAGCAACAGAAACCUCUGACAGAUUCCCAAAGGGUAAAGUUUACCAAAGAAAUUAAAGGUCUAAAGGUAGAGAUAACGCACUGUGGGCAGAUGAAGAGAAAGUAUCGUGUGUGCAACGUCACCAGACGACCGGCAAGUCAUCAAACCUUCCCACUUCAGCAAGAGAGUGGACAGACUGUUGAAUGCACUGUAGCUCAGUAUUUUAAGGACAGGCACAAAUUGGUUCUCCGUUAUCCUCAUCUUCCAUGUUUACAAGUUGGGCAGGAGCAGAAGCACACCUAUCUUCCUCUUGAAGUGUGCAACAUAGUGGCAGGACAAAGAUGCAUAAAGAAACUUACUGACAAUCAAACCUCGACUAUGAUCCGGGCGACUGCAAGAUCAGCCCCCGAUCGCCAGGAAGAGAUCAGCAAACUGAUGCGAAGUGCAAGUUUUAAUACCGAUCCCUACGUCCGUGAGUUUGGAAUCAUGGUCCGAGAUGAAAUGACGGAUGUGACUGGACGGGUGCUACAGCCCCCCUCAAUUCUCUAUGGAGGCAGGAAUAAAGCAAUUGCUACUCCUGUUCAGGGGGUUUGGGAUAUGAGGAAUAAACAGUUCCACACUGGCAUCGAAAUCAAGGUCUGGGCAAUUGCUUGUUUUGCUCCCCAAAGACAGUGCACUGAAGUUCAUCUGAAGUCCUUCACAGAACAGCUGCGAAAGAUAUCUAGAGAUGCUGGCAUGCCGAUCCAAGGCCAGCCAUGCUUCUGUAAAUAUGCCCAGGGGGCAGAUAGCGUGGAGCCGAUGUUCAGGCACCUGAAGAACACCUAUGCGGGGCUGCAGCUUGUGGUCGUCAUCCUGCCUGGAAAAACACCUGUUUAUGCUGAAGUAAAACGGGUUGGUGACACAGUCCUGGGAAUGGCAACCCAAUGUGUUCAAAUGAAAAAUGUGCAAAGGACCACUCCACAGACUUUGUCUAAUCUCUGCUUAAAGAUCAACGUCAAACUUGGAGGAGUAAAUAACAUUUUGUUGCCACAAGGAAGGCCUCCAGUCUUCCAACAGCCCGUCAUCUUUUUGGGCGCAGACGUGACUCAUCCGCCAGCAGGAGAUGGAAAAAAGCCUUCUAUUGCUGCAGUGGUCGGUAGCAUGGAUGCUCACCCCAACCGAUACUGUGCCACCGUCCGGGUACAGCAGCACCGGCAGGAGAUCAUCCAAGAUUUGGCUGCUAUGGUCCGGGAGCUGCUUAUUCAGUUCUACAAGUCGACCCGAUUCAAGCCAACUCGCAUCAUCUUCUACAGAGAUGGUGUUUCCGAAGGACAGUUUCAGCAGGUUCUCCAUCAUGAGCUGUUGGCUAUCAGAGAGGCAUGUAUUAAGUUAGAAAAAGACUACCAGCCAGGGAUUACCUUUAUAGUGGUGCAGAAGAGACAUCACACCAGACUGUUUUGUACAGACAAGAAUGAACGGGUUGGGAAGAGUGGAAACAUUCCAGCAGGUACAACCGUGGACACAAAAAUCACCCACCCAUCUGAAUUUGACUUUUACCUGUGUAGUCAUGCUGGUAUUCAGGGAACAAGCAGGCCUUCUCACUAUCACGUCCUUUGGGAUGACAAUCGUUUCUCUUCAGAUGAAUUGCAGAUUCUGACUUACCAGCUGUGCCACACCUAUGUUCGCUGCACCCGCUCUGUCUCCAUCCCCGCCCCAGCGUACUAUGCGCACCUCGUCGCCUUUCGGGCCCGAUACCAUCUGGUGGAUAAGGAACACGAUAGUGCUGAAGGCAGCCACACAUCUGGUCAGAGCAAUGGCAGAGACCACCAAGCACUUGCGAAGGCCGUUCAAGUUCACCAGGACACCCUGCGGACCAUGUACUUUGCUUGACAUGUUUUAAUGUUUAGCGAUUCGGAACAGUUGGAUGCUCGGGAGACCAGCUGCUCUCAGUCCCAUGCGCUGCCCGCCCAGGGUACCGGCCAGCAAGGAGCGGGCUGUGACUCCGUUUCCCUGGGUUCUUCUUGCCCUUCGACCUGAAGCUCAGACUUGGAUUUUGAACUGCAGACCUGUACAAAAUGCCACAGUUUUUGGAUAUGUGGUUUGCCAAAGUCUAUAAGCUGUUUGUCAGAAUACAGACCCCUGGUUCCUAAAAUUUAAACCAAGAGCUGCAAUCUCAGGGCUUUACAAAAACUCUCCUUACCUUUGCCAUUUGUUUUCAAUAAUCUGGAAACACCUGCUUCACCUCAAAAUUGACAGGCUAAAAAGCAGUGACUUGUGUUAAAACGCAAAUGCAGAACUAAACACUUCUGGUUUUAGAGCCUUGGCCAUUCCGGGCGCAUUCAGAAAGUGUUGUUUUCUUCUGGUCCUAAACUUGUCUUUCAAAGAACUUUCUAUGGGCGUUAAGGCGCAGAUUUAUUUUCUGAGGUUUUUUCGUAAAUGUCUCUUAUUCUGCUGCAAAUAAUGUUUUUCUUAGAUUGAACUAUGAAUCUAUUACCGAAAAUAGGAAUGUGUGUCUCAAACUUUAAUAGGUCCAGUGAGUUUGGCACGGAAGUGCCAUUUUAAUAAAAUUUUAUAAAAAAAAAAAAAGGAAAACAAACUGACAGCUAAUCAUACAAUUUGUCCUGUAGGACUGUGACACUUCCUUUCCAAAGUUUUUAAAUAAUACGGGUCUGUGGUGAUAAAUACAGUACAAUCCUUUUUCACUGUUGUGUUUUAAUGUAAAAAAUGAUAUAUAUUUCACAGUAUUAAUGUGAUAGAUUAGAUUCAAUUAUUCAUAUUAUUUACUAGGGAGUGCUCCUCGUAUUUCUGUUAACAUAUCAAGAGUGCUUUGGGUUCUAUAAAUUAAAACCAUAUCAUGUGGAUGCUAGCAUUUAAAGUACAGGAAUAUGCAAUUGACUUUGGUGUGCUAGGAAUCAGAGUUAUGUACAGUGUGUGUUGUAUAGCCUAUAAUACUGGGUUUAAGUGUGCUCACAGCCCUGCAGUGUUUUUUACCUGCACAGUACAGGUAAUGCACACUUGCCACCUCCAUCCUCCAUCCGUUGAAGCACAAAAUGAAAUUGUAUUUAUUCUUUGAUUACUGGGAAGCAGAAGUUAAAUACCGGAAAGUGGUCCUCUGUUUAUUGUUGGGUUAGGCACGUUUCAUAGAAUCUAUGCAGUAAAAUAACUCUUAGGAAACUGAAGUUUACUUGUGGAGGGAGAAGAAUCUCUUGUUUGUUAUGCAUAAGGUUGGUAGCAAGAGAGAUUGCGACAUUGUCUUCAGAAAAAGCAUUGAUGGGUUAUCGAUAAGUAGUAGAGGUGUGUGUGUGUGUGUGUGUGUGUGUGUGCGUGUGCGCGCACCCUGGGGGUUGUGCACAUCAUGUUUCUGGUAUAAAUCCAUUGCACUAAGAGACACCACAAACAAUUUAGUGAGAAAAAAAACAAGAACACUGUGUUGAUAUCAUUUUGUCCUUGUACACUAUUCUCCGUCAAGUCUGUGUUUAGUGUGCAGGUUGAUAUAUAAAAAGGUAACCUUUUUUUUUCAUUUAUUUCAUUUAGCUUUCUCCAUUUCCAGCUUGCUUCCAGCCACCCUUGCCCCACAAGAACAGUGCUUUGCACAUAGUAAGCGCUUAACAAAUACCACCAUUAUUAUUGUUAUUAUUAUUAUUUACUGUUGGCCGUUGAGAUGGUCGACGGCCGGGUUGGCAAGGAGGGUCCUGUCGGCCCUGUCUCUGGUCAAAACUCAGGCCUGGGUAGUCAGUCUUCUACUGCAUUUAAUUAAGCUUGAGGCUCUUAACCUGUUCUCAAGUUUGGGUUGACACCUGGCCUGGGUUGCUGGGCUGGUUGGGCAAAUGAUGAAAUGGUAGGGUCCCUUUCUUGCUGUUGAAAUCAAUGUUGGGGUCACUUUCAUAGCAAAAACAGGUUCAAAAGUUACUUUGCCAGUAAAUGUUGUCCUCCCUGCUAUUUUCAGCAGGGGGAAGCUACUCCGAGCUUUAACUUCAGGAGGAGAUUCAGCCUGGGAGAUGGUUUUUGGGGGAGUUUUUUGGCGGGGGGGAGUUUGUAUCACAAAACUGAAAACUGAAUUGAUUCAGCCAUUUUCCAAACUGUCUGGGGUUUCUUACUGCAAUUUGCCCCAGCCUGGCCAUCCGAGCCCCUGCCUGUGGGACCGAUGGGAAUUGGGCCUGUGAUCACCAGUGAGUGAAGAAAGCCCAAUACCUCAAAUCUGGGCAGUGAGGAGAAGUGCUUUCCAAAAUGAGGGCUGGACCCUGGGCCAUCAAGCGGCAGGCAGGCCCGUGGCAGAAUCGUCCAGAAUGCUUUGUUCUUUCAGAAUGUGAAGGACGCUCCUUUGUAGGGAGUGAAUUUCCGUGGUAGUUUCUCGGCUCCUGCAGCAGCUUAUUUGUAAAGACGUGUACUUUCCACAGCAUGAGCGGACUGAAAUGUCUUCAGGCAGGGGGAUGGUGUUCCCCUGAACCAUCGCCGUGCUCAAAAUUAAAAUGGUUCUUAAAAGUAGAAUUUCUCAGGUAAAUGAUUUAUGUUGUAUGGAGGGCUACACACAAAAGAAGUAUUCUUGAAGAACUAAGGUAGCGACAAUCCUCUGAGGCCACAUGGAACUCUAGAACAAGCUCCAGAACUGGGGGUCCAGGAUGUCCUGAGUGAGGGGCUCUCGCCGGAGCCAGUCCCACUCCACCAGCAGCUCAGCCUCCACCACGCCUCCAACGUGUCUCGGGUGCAGAUGAAAUCAGCUACCGCUGGGAGCUUGGUGGCAGUGAAGGCUGAAGGACCUCCCCAAGCGCUUAGUACAGUGCUCUGCACACAGUAAGUGCUCAAUAAAUACGAUUGAUUGAUCUUUGGCGAGUCCCAUUGCUCUUGCUCCCUGCUGCCUGCACCCUUCAGAACAGCCUGGAGGAAAGGAACAGCCUUGCCCUCACUCCCAACCAUAGAAGAAAAUGCCCUGUGGGCACCUCAUCCGCCCAAGCGCUUGGAUUUGCGGCCGCAGAAGGAGGUUUUCUCACCGCAGGAGUGAGCCCGGAGCCUGUGGUCUGGAGCUGAUCAGAUGGCCCUGCAGGUAGCUCCUCAAACUACUUAUUGAUGGUCAGAGAGCCUCAUUAUGGAUCAGUUCCAAGCUUUAGAAAAGAUAGAUAUCCAAGUUUCUACCCUUUUCUUCUAAGUGAUCUGGCUUGAUUUAGGCUAAUUGGAUAGUCUAAUGCAAAAGGUUUCAGUGACUGCAAUGUGAUAUUUUAAAAAUAGGUGGGUGAACUGGUGAAUAUUUUUCUAUCCAUUGAGCUUCAAGCUGAUGACCCUUAGUUUCAUUUUCUUGGCACAAAAGAGCGGGUUGAGUAGCAGUUGGAUAAAACUGUUAGAUUAGUAGAAAAUUGGGCAGAAAGGAGGGAUUUUAUUUUUUAAAAGCUCCCCUUCUCUCCCCUCUGCCCACCUCCCACAAUUGACAAUAACCUCCAGUCUCCCAUUAAUUUGUCUUACCCAUACAAAUAUCUAAUGGAUUUCUGUUUAAUGUCAGUUUGUUUUUAAGGAAUGCCUUUCAGCCAUGGCUGUGGUGAUCAGUGCUGUUGAAAGGCCCCUUGCUUGGUUGCAGAAGUCUCGAUAAUAGAUGUUAAGUGGCAUUUGAGGGCAGCCAUUUUAUAAUGAAAUAUAUGAGGGAUUUCUGGUAUAGGCCACAUUGGCAAUCCUUUGGCCGUCCUUGCUAAUUUACAGUCGUGAUACCUCAGUCCAUCUGUCCACCACAGGCUAAUCUCUAGGAUCAUGUUCUUCCUCCAGGUUGUGUUGAUCUCUUACAUGGGGUAAAUUCAAGUCUGUAGCUAAGGAUGCUUCAUGGGCAUUUUCAUUCUUGGGGACAAUGGCCUCAUUUUGAGUCGUUGGGUGGGGAAAAUGUCCAAGGAAAAGUUUGGAUGGAGACUGAAUCUAGAGACAAUUCCCAUGGCAUGGAGCAGCCAUAAGAGAAUUGUCUGUGAUCUCUUUUGAACUUGCUUCAUCCCUAAUCCAAGAAAGGAAUGUACGGCAAAUGGAAUUAUUAUCCAUCUUUGUUCUCAUGUUCAAAAUGCAAAUACUGUUAUUUAUAUUGACAUAAUUUCUUCCCCAAAUGACCUUCUCCUUGGUGGUCAUGCUGGAGGUUUCGACCCU